ACUUAGCAAAACCACGCAAUUCUCCUCUUCGAAAAUCGAUUUGUCUAAGUAUUCCUUCAAUGAACUGAAGCUCCAGCUACGCACUAAUGAACCUUGCUGAUACAUGGUUCCACCACUUCAUUUCGAGACCUUAGAUGCCCUGCGUGUUGCAGGAUUUGAGCAGGAGAGAAAACCUGGUGGCGAAUCGUUUUCAAUGGCUGGUUUCGAAUUUGUGCCCUGAUUUAGAUGUGCAGCGAACCCCCGCGGUCGCAAAAGUCAACUGGUCCGCUCGUGCAGAGAGAUAUGUAUUUUUAGGCACAUUAUUGUUGUAGGUCACAACGAAAACAGCUAAAUCGGGUUAAUCGAUGGAGUCCAGAAAUGAUAACGUCUAAGGUAGACCGAGUAAACUGGAAGGUGCUGUUAUGUUCUGAUUUCUGGUAGCUAAACCCAACUGACCCAGCUAACAAUAUUCUGAUCACUUUGAUAUUCCAACCACACAGUUUCAUUCUUGAGGAGUGAUAACUAUUGUGGAGUGAAGAAGCUCGAUUCUAGACCAAAACACUCUUCACAACAUCGACUGGAACUUUUGAACACUGCACGCGUGUGUGUUGGCGAGGACUUAGUUUGAAGUAAUACUCUUCAGAUGUGCGAGUUUUGUGAACUUUGACAAUCGCUUAUUUAGAACACUGAUGUCGUGUCUGCAACCUCCAGUACUGAAACGAUUUCCCAAUCGGAUCACUGAGAAACGAUGGAUUUAUAUCGACUGGAUGGUGGUUUAUGAUAAACCGAGGCAGAAAGAGUUGGGGAGGUUAAGCUGGGAUCACCUACGAAGUUGUCGGUGUCACGCUUAGGGUCCUCAACAUGUAACUUAGGGGGUUAAUCUUUGCAACUGGGAACAAAGAAUCUCGAAUCAGAAUUCCGAGAUUCAAUCCGAAGGGUUGGAGUUGUGGAGAUUGAAUGCGCGACGAAUGAGUGGCCGGUGUCGAUGGACGAUUAUAUGCCGUUACUAAAGCGAAGGAUAACGCCGUUCUUAUCGUCGCUGCCGUGCCUUUUCUUGGUGCCUUGUCUCUUCUUUUGCGAAUCAUGUUGCGGGACUUUAGAACAAGGCAUUGCAUUGCAGGAACUCAAAAAUUCUGGAUGGAUUACCAAGAGUCUGCCUUCGUGGGUGGCAGGGACAGACCCUUGUGUACAAGUCUGGGCUGGCGUCGACUGCGACACGCAGGGCAACAUCAUCACUCUGAACUUGACACAUAUGGGCUUAAACGGACCAAUUCCAAACGCAAUGGGAAGGCUUACUACCCUAGUACAAUUGGACAUGGGAAACAAUAAGGUUUGUAAGAAUUGUAGCGCGUGGAAUCAUGUGACGGGCGACCUCGCUCCCCUUUCAAAUCUGGUUCAUCUUGAGAGACUCGUUCUGACGUCGAAUGAGGUUGCUACUCCGACUUUCCCUGCGGCCAUAUUCCAACUCAACAAGCUCACGGACCUAAGAGUUGACAACACUCUUAUCGGUGGGGAAUUUCCAAAGCGUCUGAUAGAGUUGCGCAAUCUUCAAUAUUUAUACCUAGGCAAUAAUUCGUUUACUGGAGAUCUUCCAGGGAGCGAACUAGGCCUCAUGACAAAUUUGAAAGAACUGACUAUCUGGGGUAACCUCCUUACAGGUGUUAUUCCACCUGAACUGGGAAACCUGAAGAACUUAACCUACUUGAAUCUGAACAAGAACAAGCUUUACGGUGGCCUUCCUCCAGAGCUUGGAAAGCUCAGUAAAUUGCAGAGACUCCUUCUUUAUAAAAACAAACUAACAGGGCGUAUUCCGGAAGAGUGGCGUGAAAUGUCCAGCAUUCAAGUUCUAGAGCUCAAUGCGAACUAUUUGUGUGGAGCUUUUCCUUCGUGGCUGCUGCAAAUACCAAGGCUCUCUAUGUUGCAACUGAGCAAUAAUCAGAUCCACGGUUCAAUCGACGAAUCGGCAUUAAACCACAGUGUCUCUCAUGGCUUGAAGAAUCUACUUUUGGAGUGUAACUACUUGGGAGGAAUCAAACCAAGAGUACAAAAUAGUACUACCAUCAAGGCCAACCUUGACUACAACUGCUGGGAUAAUGAAGAUAGUUUGGAUUCGGCCUGCGUUAGACCUUUAAACUGCUUCAAUUUCCGACUGCGUACCGCAAACGGAGCAUGCCCAGAUUGCCCCAGCGGACAGUACAUGAUCAAUACCACAACUUGCAUCUGCUACGCAGUACCUGAAGCCUCCAGCAAGAAGUUUCGGUCUGGUCCGACACUUGGGGCGGUAGCAGGGGUGGUAUUUCUCCUGGUUCUCUUGCUGUUGUAUCUUUGGUGGAGAUCUCGGCGCCAAGCUGCAGCUAAACAACUAGAUCUUCGGUCCCGUUUUCAACCUGACUACUUCCAGAUAGAGAAGGCAAGAAGUAACAAGGUUGCUAGUACGCGGACGUGGGAAGUCCCAACUGGCAUACAUCACUUUACCAUUGAGGAUCUCGUUAAGGCAACUGGUGGAUUUGAUAGAUCUAAUGAGAUUGGGGAGGGCUGCUUUGGAAAAGUAUAUGUGGGGAGGUUUCCUGAUGGCCGAACCCUCGCCAUCAAACGGGGUGGGCCCGCUAAGUAUUCCUCAGAAGAAUCUGACCGCGGACAGUUCAGAAACGAGGUCUUGCUACUAAGCAGGCUGCACCAUAAAAACUUGGUGAGGCUAGAAGGAUUUUGCGAUGACGAAGAUCAGCAGAUCCUGGUGUACGAAUACAUGAAGCUGGGAAAUCUUCACAGACAUCUUCAUGGAAUUAAAGGCAUGACAUUUGAUUGGUACAAGCGGUUGGAGAUUGCAGUAGAUGUCGCCCGAGGCUUGGAUUACUUGCAUUCCUUUGCGGACCCUCCUGUCAUUCACAGAGAUGUAAAGCCCAGCAACAUCCUUCUUGAUGACAAUCUUGUAGCCAAAAUUGCAGAUUUCGGCAUCUCCAAGGAGUCGUCUGAGAUUAAGACUCAUGUGUCUACCGGACCGGCUGGCACAGCUGGGUACUUCGAUCCUCAAUACUUCCUUCGCCGUCAACUGACCACAGCCAGCGACGUCUACAGUUUUGGUGUGGUACUUCUUGAGCUCAUUUCUGGGCGCAAAGCAAUUGCAUUUCAUUGUCCUGAGGACGAGGAAUCCAAUCUUAUCGAAUGGACGAAGCAAAAGAUGGAGCAAGGCCGCGCAGGAAUUGAAAGCGUUGUGGAUCCUAAACUGGAGGGAGUUUAUCCUCGGGAACUGUUUGAGACAUUAGUAGAUCUGGGAUUAAAGUGUUCAUCUUUUAAGAGAAAUGUUCGACCGACAAUGAAAGUUGUAGUGAGCAUUCUGGACCCUUUGUUGCAAGCAGCAAAGAAACCACCACGUCGGAACAUAUCGUUGCCGUCGUUGCAAAUGUGGCCCUCACAACCUCUGCUUCCUCCAACGAAAUACAUCAGUAGGGCAGGGAGAAGCUUUUCGAGGUAGACCUGCAUUUGAAGAAUUUCAUUGAAGUAAAUUCUCUCAGAUGCCAUUCCCAAGAAUCUCACCAUCAAAUCCAAGUGUUGGCUAAGUGUGGUGUUUUGAUGUCGGCGAUGUCUCAAGCACCAUCCCUAACUCACGAAUUCCUUAUCUGAUCUGAUUUAAGAGUUCAUGACUUCCAAUCAAGCUGUUCGAUCAACAAGAUGAUAUUUCAAGUAAAAGCAUUUUUAUUUUCAGCAAGCGACGAGAGCAGAGCGAGUUUUGUCUACAUGAAGUUCAAUAAUUUUCCAAAAAGAAAUUGUAAUUGACUUCACAACCACAACCAAACCUGACUGAUGCCCGAUCUCAAGAACCAAGCUGUUAUUUAAAUCCCUGUUUUAUUUUGUCAUCAGAAGUAUAGAAUGCCUUCUGUCUUUUGAUACUAUUAGGGAAUCAUGAAAAUGUUUUUGAUAUAUUUUUAUGUAUAUUUGAUUCUUUUCACAAUUUUUGAGAAAAUAUGUAUUUUAACUAUUUAUGUAUAUGACGUAUGAUUUAUGAA